CCUCUGGCCAUGUUGCCCUUGUUACAGAUGCCCCCGAGCCCCCAGGUGAUACCAUCUCAGGGCCUGACACCCUGCUACCCCCGGGUGAUACUCCCCAAGAGGACACCCCCCCAGAGACCCCCAGCAGGGCCCCCCCACAGCCCCUUGGCAGAGCCCCGCUGCCCUUCUUCCCAUUCUCCCCCAGCCUCCUCCCCCCACUGCCUCCCUCUCCAGACCCCCCCAGCAUCCCCCCCUUGGAGCUGCAUAGUCCUGACCCUGCUGGCAGCCCCUCUAUAGGGCCCUGCACUCUGGACUCCCCCGGCAGCCCCUCUCCAGGCCCCCCCGGUACCUCCACCCCACAGCACACUCCGUUCCAUCGGUGGCGAGCAGCCCCCCCUGAUCUCUCUUGCAGCCCCGUUUCUUCCCAGCCCCUGUCUGAGGAUGGGGCUGUGGGUUCUCCUCCACAUCCCAGCACAUUAGGGAUGGCUGGAACCCCAAGCCCUGCCCCAGCAGAGCAGUGCUCCCCCCAGGCUGAGGUAGUGGGCUCAGAGCCUGUAGGGGCAGCAGCAGCAGCAGCCCCCACCCCAAUGUCUUUGUCUGAGCCGUCCCUGGGGGCUGUGUCCUGGUUAGCCCCCCUCGUGUGGCUGGAGAGGACCCUCCCCUCCUCGUCUGUGCUGGAAUCCAUACGGCGCAGCCUGCCCUUGUCUGUGUCAUGGCAGGAUGCUGCCACCAGCAUCACCCCAGUGCCCACUGUAGCUAUGGGUACCGCUGUCACCCCAGUGCCCACUAUAUCUAUGGGUACCACUGUCACCCCAGUGCCCACCGUAUCUAUGGGUACCACUGUAACCCCAGUGCCCACCGUACCUGUAGGAAGCAGUGUCACCCCAGUGCCAACCACGGCCACAGGCACCAAUGUCACCCCAGUGCCCACCGGAACCAUUGCCACCAAUGUCAGCCCGGUGCCCUGUGGAACCACUGCCACUAAUGUCACCCCAGUACCCACUGGAUCCAUUGGCACCAGUAUCACCCCAGUGCCCACUAUGUCUAUGGGCACCAGUAUCACCCCAGUGCCCACAAUGUCUAUGGGCACCAAUAUCACCCCAGUGCCCACUAUGUCUCUGGGCACCAGUGUCACCCCAGUGCUCACUAUGUCUAUGGGCACCACUGUCACCCCAGUGCCCACUAUGUCUAUGGGGACCAGUAUCACCCCAGUGCCCACCGUGUCUAUGGGCACCACCAUGACCCCAGAGGAGAGGAGCUCUGGCACAUCCAAGCCUGCCGAUGCCAAGGACAGCGCUGCUGAGACCGACUCUCUGCUGUGGCACUGUUCCCGGGAUCAGCUGCGUUUGCUGCCCCGAUCGGAGCUGGAGGGAAGGCUGGAGAGCACCCUGAUCAUCAUCGAGGCGCUGUCACUGCAGCUGCGGGACCUGCAGGGCUCCCAGUGCCCACUGCCCACUGUGGGACCAGCAGGACAGAGGGAUGCACACACACAGACUGAUGUCACCCGGCCCCGGGGGGAGGAGGGGAUCUACCACGGCCUCUACGUGGAGCUGCGGAACAAGAUGCAGGCUGUGCAGCGGCAGCGUGGGGCAGAGCUGGAGCUGGCACAGCAGCUGGCACGAGCAGUGGAGGCCAUGGACGCAUGGGCCGAGCGGCGUCGUGUGCUGCAGGAGGUGGCAGAUGCUGCCCUGCAGGAUGUACGGGGUGACCACGCGGUGCUGGAGCAGCAGCGGCUGCAGGUUCAUGCCAUGGUGUCCCGGUGCAACGUGCUGCUCCGUGCUGUCCCUGCCAAGCUGCGGAGCUGCCUGCAGGAGCGGGAUGCUGCACAGCACAGAGCAGACGAAGCCCUUCGUGCUAAGCAGGAGGGUGAUGGAUUCCUGGAGGCGUUUCGCUCCCACGCUGCUGCCCAGAUCGGUGCCCGCACGCAGAGCCUGGAGCUGCUGCAGGAGCUGAGCACGCUGCUGGCAGCUGCCAUCCAGCAGCAGGUGUCCCUGGCUGCAGAGGCUCAGCCCUUCCGGCAAUUCAUAGACGUGACCUUUGCCAACCUGCAGGAGGAGCGUGGAGCUCUGGAUGGGGAGCGGGAGCAGGUCCGUGCCCUGGUGUCUCGCUGCACGGCUGCGCUGCGGGAUGUCUCCACUAAGCUGCACAGCUGUAUGCAGGAGCGGGAUGCUGCAAUGCAACGGGUGGAGGAAGCUCUCCAAGCCAAGGAGGAGGUGUCCCAACAGCUGGAGAAGACCCUGGAGGCUCUGCAGGAUGCGAUGACGCAGGGGGAGCAGCUGGCAGUCACCAACUCACGGCUCAGCACAGAUCUGAGCAUGGUGAUGAAGCAGCUGGCCAGCCUGCAGCAGGAGCAGGACACGCUGCUGCAGGACUACGAGGAACAGAAGGAGCAGAUGAGCAGGCUGAGCAAGGAGCGCGAUGCUUUGCAGCGGGAGCGCAGGGAGCUGCAGGAAGCAGUGGAGUGCAGGGAGUUUCUGGACCAGGAGAACCGCAUGUCCCGCAGGCAGCUGAUGGAGGUGGAAGCCAAGCUGAAAUCCACGCUGGCUGAGCUGCAGGAGCGCAGCUUGCAGCACCAGGAGCUGCUGGAAGCCCACCAGAGCCUGCAGGAGGAACAAGCUGCCCUGCACAAGGAGCUGGAGAGCACCAAGGCGGAGCUGCAGGACCUGCAGCUCAAGAGGGACAGGGUGUCCUGGUGCUCAGCAGGCAUCGCCGAGAGCAAGGCCAGGCUGCAGGAGCUGGCUGACUGCCUGCGAGCCGCCCUGCCCCAGCAGGAUGAUGAUGAUGAGAUCCCAUCGAGGAAAAAGACCUGGACCCCAGGCUGGAGGACCCCCCGUGGGCCCUGGACCCCCCGUAGCUGUGCUUGGACCCCCGUGUGCCGCACGCCUGCCCGCCACACACCACACCGUGCCAGGGAGUCCUUUGUGGGCAGCGUUCUGAAGGCGGUGUCAAGAAGAGAUGGUGAUGAAGGCACUGGAGCUGAGAGCACAUCUGCCAGGGAUAGGGCUGUAUCCACACCAAAGCCUGCAGAGCCCGAGGAUGGUCUGAUGGAGCUGGCAGCUGAGCUGCGGGCCGUGGUGUCUGACCUCUCUGUGCUGAGCUCCCGCAUCCAGGAGUUGGAGCAGAGCGAGUUCAGGGCUCUACAGACAGAGAUCUCUGACCUGCAGCUCCAGCUGGAGGAGGUGACAACUGAGAGCCAGGAGCGGAUGGACGCACAGGCUGCCACCAUUGCCAAGCUAAACAAGGUGCUGCAGGGCAAGCUGCAGAACGAGAAGGAGCUGCAGGACGUUGUGAAACAGCAGGAAGCAAAGAUGCUGCAACUCAUUGACAAGAGUGGGGAGGUGACGAGGCUGAAGGAGGAGGUGACCCAGCUGAAGCGCUCGCUCCAGCGUGCGGAGACUGAGGCCAAGGUGCUGUGGGAGGAGAUGAGGGGACAGGAGGCCAAGGGGGAUGCAACCCAUGUUGUGCGGGAGCGUGUCCUGCUGCGGCAGGAGGUGGACAAACUGCGCUUGCUGCUGCUGGAGAAGGAGGAUGAGAACAUGGUGGUGUCGGGGAACUACCUGGAGCAGGUGCGAGAGUUGGAGCUGAAGCUCAGCCAUGCACAGAAGAUGCUGCGGAGCCACGAGGAGCUGCAGGAGAAGAUGAAGGAGGUCUUGCUGUCCCUCCUCGAGGUGCCCCCGGAGCUCUGUGUCCUCCUGCAGCACUUGGGGUUGAAGCCAAACAGUGAGAAAACUCCGGCUCCUCUGUAACCCACGGCGUGAAACGUUCCUGUUCUUAACACCAUCAUUAUUUAUUGAAUAAAGUUGGUUGGCGUUCUCCCUA